GAGUUUGUCACGUGCCCGGAUAUAGGCAGUGUUGGGGAACGGCCGCUUCCCGUUCAACGCUUUAUUGAGGGGCGCAUCCUAGUGGCCCCCAUCCGGUCUCCGUUUUGGAAGACCCGCCUCGGCACGGGCGGGCUCAGUCCGGCCUUGCGGUAAGCCUUCGGCCGCGGCUGCCUUGUAGUCCUGGCGGCGGCGGACAAACGAGCUGACAGGCACCAGGGUCUAAGGCGUCUCCUCAGUCCGGCUGCUCUCUCCACGCCUGGGGUCGGGCACCGGUCCCUCUGACCUUCCUUUCCCCGUUUGUCCCGGAGAGUUCUUGAGAUACAGAAGCUUAUGAUUUAAUGAGCACAUUAGACGGCAAAUGCUUGAUUUGUUUAGCAAAUGCGCUGAGAAAAGAUGACAGCAAUCAAGCAUGCAUUACAAAGAGACAUUUUUACACCAAAUGAUGAACGCCUGCUGAGCAUUGUGAAUGUCUGCAAAGCAGGAAAAAAGAAAAAGAACUGUUUUUUAUGUGCCACAGUGACAACUGAACGCCCUGUGCAGGUUAAGGUGGUCAAAGUCAAGAAAUCCGAUAAGGGAGAUUUCUACAAAAGGCAGAUUGCAUGGGCCCUUCGAGAUCUUGCUGUGGUAGAUGCCAAAGAUGCUAUCAAAGAAAAUCCUGAAUUUGAUUUACACUUCGAAAAAAUAUAUAAAUGGGUUGCCAGCAGCACUGCUGAAAAGAAUGCAUUUAUUUCAUGCAUUUGGAAAUUGAAUCAGCGAUAUCUCCGGAAGAAAAUUGAUUUUGUCAAUGUUAGCUCACAGCUUUUGGAAGAAUCUGUUCCAAGUGGAGAAAAUCAGAGUGUGACAGGAGGUGAUGAAGAAGUAGUAGAUGAAUACCAAGAGUUAAAUGCAAGAGAAGAACAGGAUAUUGAAAUAAUGAUGGAAGGCUGUGAAUAUGCAAUCUCAAAUGCGGAAGCCUUUGCAGAAAAAUUGUCCAGAGAGCUGCAGGUGCUAGAUGGGGCUAACAUCCAGUCCAUCAUGGCAUCUGAAAAACAAGUCAACAUCCUGAUGAAAUUGCUAGAUGAGGCUCUAAAGGAGGUAGAUCAGAUUGAAUUGAAACUGAGCAGUUAUGAGGAAAUGCUCCAAAGUGUAAAAGAACAAAUGGAUCAGAUCUCUGAAAGCAACCACCUAAUUCAUCUUAGUAACACUAAUAAUGUAAAACUCCUAUCUGAGAUAGAGUUCCUUGUGAACCACAUGGACUUGGCCAAAGGUCAUAUAAAGGCCCUUCAGGAAGGAGAUCUUGCUUCUUCCAGAGGCAUUGAGGCCUGCACCAAUGCUGCUGAUGCCCUUCUGCAGUGCAUGAAUGUAGCUCUUCGACCAGGCCAUGACAUGCUUCUGGCAGUCAAACAGCAACAGCAGCGAUUCAGUGAUUUGCGAGAGCUUUUUGCCCGGAGACUGGCCAGUCACCUCAACAAUGUUUUUGUUCAACAGGGUCAUGAUCAGAGUUCGACUCUUGCUCAACACUCUGUUGAACUGACUUUACCCAAUCAUCAUCCAUUUCAUAGAGAUUUGCUCCGAUAUGCCAAGCUGAUGGAGUGGCUAAAGAGUACAGAUUAUGGAAAAUAUGAAGGACUAACAAAGAAUUACAUGGAUUAUUUAUCCCGACUAUAUGAAAGAGAAAUCAAAGAUUUCUUUGAAGUUGCAAAGAUCAAGAUGACUGGCACAACUAAAGAAAGCAAGAAGUUUGCUACACUGCCUCGAAAAGAAAGUGCUGUCAAACAGGAAACAGAGAGUCUUCAUGGAAGUUCGGGGAAAUUAACUGGAUCUACUUCUAGUCUAAAUAAACUCAGUGUUCAGAGUUCAGGGAAUCGCAGAUCUCAGUCAUCUUCCCUGCUGGAUAUGGGAAACAUGUCUGCCUCUGAUCUCGAUGUUGCCGACAGGACCAAAUUUGAUAAGAUCUUUGAACAGGUACUAAGUGAACUGGAGCCCCUAUGUCUGGCAGAACAGGACUUCAUAAGUAAAUUUUUCAAACUACAGCAACAUCAAAGUAUGCCUGGAACUAUGGCUGAAGCAGAGGACCUGGAUGGAGGAACAUUAUCACGGCAACAUAAUUGUGGCACACCACUGCCUGUUUCAUCUGAGAAAGAUAUGAUCCGCCAAAUGAUGAUUAAAAUAUUUCGCUGCAUUGAGCCAGAGCUGAACAACCUAAUUGCAUUAGGAGACAAAAUUGAUAGCUUCAACUCUCUUUAUAUGCUAGUCAAAAUGAGUCAUCAUGUGUGGACUGCACAAAAUGUGGACCCUGCUUCUUUCCUAAGUACUACAUUGGGAAAUGUUUUGGUGACUGUCAAAAGGAACUUUGACAAAUGCAUUAGUAACCAAAUAAGGCAAAUGGAAGAAGUAAAGAUCUCAAAGAAGAGUAAAGUCGGAAUUCUUCCAUUUGUUGCUGAAUUUGAAGAAUUUGCUGGACUUGCAGAAUCAAUCUUCAAAAAUGCUGAGCGUCGUGGAGACCUAGAUAAAGCAUACACCAAACUUAUCAGAGGAGUGUUUGUUAAUGUGGAGAAAGUAGCAAAUGAAAGCCAGAAGACCCCCAGGGAUGUGGUUAUGAUGGAAAACUUUCACCAUAUUUUUGCAACUCUUUCUCGAUUGAAAAUCUCAUGUUUAGAAGCAGAAAAAAAAGAAGCCAAACAAAAAUACACAGAUCACCUUCAGUCUUAUGUCAUUUACUCUUUAGGACAACCUCUUGAAAAACUAAAUGUAAAUAUAUUUUCAUUCAGUAUUUUUCCUACUUUUGAACCUAUACACCAUUUCUUUGACGGUGUUGAAGCUCGUGUGGCACAGGGCAUAAGGGAGGAGGAAGUAAGUUACCAACUUGCGUUUAACAAACAAGAACUUCGUAAAGUCAUUAAGGAGUACCCUGGAAAGGAAGUAAAAAAAGGUCUAGAUAACCUCUACAAGAAAGUUGAUAAACAUUUAUGUGAAGAAGAGAACUUACUUCAGGUGGUGUGGCACUCCAUGCAAGAUGAAUUUAUACGUCAGUAUAAGCACUUUGAAGGUUUGAUAGCUCGCUGUUAUCCUGGAUCUGGUGUUACAAUGGAAUUCACUAUUCAGGACAUUCUGGAUUAUUGUUCCAGCAUUGCACAGUCCCACUAAACCUUGUGAAAGAAGAAAAGAUAACUGAAUGAAGCAUUUGAGUAUACCAGACACUAUACCAAAAUACCAAGCAACUGUUUUGAGAACCCAGACUUAAAAUUUUAUGUAUUAUUAAAUGUUAGAUAAAUGGGUAGAACCAUACUACAAAUAUUUAAAUGCAAAAUUACCAACCUAUAUAGCAGUUUUAUUUGCCCUAUAGGUUGCAUGCUAACUUAAGCAUUCAUGUCAUCAUAAAAUGCCCUUAGCAUUUCUCAGUGUCUGAAUGGCAAAUUUUCCUUUAUUGCCUGGCUGCUUGUGUUUGAGUGGUUGUCCUAUGAGCAAUGCAUUUGGAGUUCUUCAGCUUUCACUACUUCUCUGUUGCUUGCUAAUCAUGUAACUACUAAGAUACUGUACAAAAUUGUUUUUUCACACUAACAAAUGUGUAUAUGGAGAAGAGGGCUCGUGUGAUGAGCAUUUGUGAACUUAGAUUUUUGAGGAUUAUGUGACUAGUAAUAAAUGUGAAAUAAAUUUUCAAAAAAGUUGA